GCCGCGCCGCCGCCACGGCCACCAGUUGUCAUCCAUGCCGUCGCCAGCCAGCACGCCGAGCGCGCAACCGAGAAGACGCCGAAGCCACCAGCCGUCCCGAAACCGCACCAGUUACCGUAGCGUUAUCGCGCUGCCGGCGGACACCACCACCGCCACCGUCGCCGUGGCCGCCCCAGUAGCGUCGAACGUCGGCACCACGGCGUCAUCAUCACCACCUUCGUCGACGGCGUCCGUCAUGGCCGCCGCGAUGGCCAUCGCCAACGAGACCAACAUGGACCUGGUGAUGAUCAACAAGAUCAAACAGCACCAGGUGCUGUACGACACGGACGAGGAUCAGUACAAGUACAUCGACAAGAGGGACAAAGCUUGGAAAGAAGUGGCCGACGAACUCGGCAUGCCCGUAAAUGACGUCAAAUUGCGUUGGAAGCGUUUGCGCGACAAUUUUAGAGUGUCUAUCAAACGCACCAAAGGAUUGAACCUCAAACCUGGCUUACCUUUUGUCGAGGGUAAACCUUGGAAGUACCAAAAAGAGAUGGAAUUUCUUUUGCCAUUCAUGCAAAUCGGAGGAUAUUCUCUCAAAAAAAUGUUGAACUUGGAACAUGCCUACCAAGACUAUCCAGGCAAUUACGAUGGUUACAAAACUGAUGGGUCUUCUAGUCCUUACAACAACUUGUCUUAUGAUUAUGAUGAAAUGCCUGAACCACGAGUGGAGGUGAAAGAGAUGCCUGGUAGUUUUUCAAAUGAUGAGGGUGGUGUGGACGAUGAGCUUUUAUAUCCUGAUGUUGAAAUCUUAAGUAACGGCAAACAUGAGCCACUUCAUAGAGUUGCUAAACGUGUUAAACGUUCAGCUGAAGCUGCAGCUGCCGCUGCUGCUAAAGAGGCUGAUUCAUCUGCCCAACACAAACUCAACCAACACCACAUGAAUCAUUAUUACCACAUACAGCAACAACAACAGAGCCAUGCCAACCAGAGCAUACACCCUGUUGAUUUAUUUUUUUAUAGUAUGGCUGAAACGACCAAGGCUCUGCCUCAAGUUUACCAGGCAGAGAUCAAACGUAGAGUUUUAGAGAUAGUGAUUAAGGCUGAAGAAGACAUGAAUGUUACAAAUAAGUUAAACACUUAUAAGAAUAAUUUAUAACUUUUUCAUUUAUAAAUCUUCCUCAUUAUUUACGUUUAAUUUUUUG